ACUAUACUAACAGGGGAAAAACCUUACGGUGUUUCACAUCUUCUGGACUUCAUACAUACAUUUUGAGUGAAAUAUGAUACGGAUAAUUCCAUAAGUUUACCAGUUCAACAUCAUCUUUCCAGUUUGUAUACCUUUAUUGUAUGAACAGAUUUACGUUGAUAGAGAGAGAGUUACCGUCCAACUAAAUUUCUUCCGACUGUGUGUGACCUACCCGUGUCUUCAUCAUGGGCGUAGGUUCCAAAUUAAUGUUCUACCCAACACUUGGAUUUAAUGUCGUCAUGAAGAAAGUUUCAUCACGAAGAUGGUACGACAGAAUUGAUCAAACAGUUGUGCUUGGUGCUUUGCCGUUGAGAAGUAACAACUACGCUCAAGAGCUGGUUGAAAAAGAGAAUGUCAGAGGAGUAAUUUCCAUGAAUGAAGACUACGAGCUGAAAAGAUUUGUGACGACAAAAGAGGAGUGGGCCAAACUUGGUGCCAACCUUCUUCAACUGCCGACAGUUGAUUUCACCGAAGCGCCAAGCCUUGACUUCUUAGAGCAGGGCGUUAACUUCAUCUUAGAUCACGCUCAGAAGGAGGAAUCUGUCUACGUUCAUUGUAAGGCAGGACGGACAAGGAGUGCUACACUGGUGGGAUGUUAUCUUAUGCAUGUCAAAAAGUGUACCCCACAAGAAGCGCAGAACUCUAUCGAGAAGAAGCGGAGUCACAUCAUCAUGAAGGACAAACAUUUCAGAGCUAUGUACAGGUAUUAUGACAAGCAUGUCAAAGGUCAGCGAGGUCAUAGGAAAGAGCCAGGCCAAGAGGAUGUGCAGCAAAACGACCUUUCUUAAUUGAUUGGACAGGUGGUGGAGCUCAGUUUCUGUAUGAGUGCAUUUUUUUACGAAGACUCGGGAAAGCAUUUCUUCAUAAUUAGAAGUUAGCGGCACAAUUCUCACUUUUUAAAAUGACAAUACAUGAGAUGAAUUUUUUUUAUUUUAUCUUGAGGCGGCAAGGCCAAUUUGUUUUGCAAAGGGCACUUUCAUUGGGAAAUCUUUAAAAAGCCUAUGCAAAGCUAUGGGACAAAUCUUAAAGGGCACCAAGGCAAGAGGCAACAGAGGUCGCCCUGGCCUAUGUGUAACAUCAGGCCUGGCCGCGCAAGCACAUGCUUGCCGUCACUCCAAAAACCGUCACUCCUUUGGAUGUUUUGGGAUUUUAUUUUGUAUUCACUGACUUGGUUAUUGCAAUCAAUCAUAGGGUAGUGGGGGCGUGUUUGUUCUUUUACAAAUCCAUUUAGCCAAAGAGAGGUUAUAUACCAAACAGUCUGGUGCCUUAGAUACAUGUACAUGUACAAUAUUGUAAUGAAUAAUGCACUCAAGGGACCUAGGCCAAAUUUCAUGGCUCUGCUUACCGUAAGCACAGAAUCGGCGCUUACGGAAGCAGGGAAUUCUGUGCCUAC